AUGCCGAAACACAAAGUGAAGCUCGCAUUCAUAACCAACUAUUAUGCAAGGAAGGCAUCUUUAAAGAAAAGGAAGGAUAGUUUGAAAAAGAAGUUGAAUGAGCUAUGCACUUUAUGCGACAUUGAAGCAUGUGCUAUCAUGUAUAGCCCGAACGAGUCUCAUCCUGAUCUGUGGCCAAGCAAGGAAGGUGUUGAAGAUGUGGUGGAUAAGUUCAACAAAAUUCCCGAGAUGGAGCAGAGCAAAAAGAUGUACAAUCAUGAUACCUACAUCAAAUCAAGGAUCACCAAGACCGAGGAGCAGAUCAAGAAGCAGAUUAAGGACAACUGGGAGACUGAGAUGUGCAACAAGAUGUCAGAAUGCUUUUCUGGGGAACGUUCCAUCUCGAACUUACCCAUAACGGAUUUGAAUGAUCUUGUGACAUUCGCUGACCAAAGAGUAUCUGAAAUUGAAAGCCUGAUUGAGUCGCUAAAGAGUGCGGCUCCUGCAGCAGUACCCCCACCAGAUCCACAGCCACCGGUUGUUUGUGGCAGUAACGCAGAUAACCCUGGAAUGGCAGGAGGAAUGGCUGCGGAUGGUUAUGUACCAGUGGUAGAGAACCCUGUAACUUUUGAUUCGGAAGAAGCUACUGAUGAAUGGUUCUCAGACUGGAUUGAUAAUAUGGUGGACACUUUUGGGUCGUUCUCAAGGGGAUGA